AUCAAACAUGUUCUUUCCUGUCCCACCUCAUUGUAGCCUGAUAGGGAGCGGCACGCGCCAGAAAAGGAGCGAAUAGGAUGGCGCCUCUCGGGCCACGUGAUAUAAACUGGGCGUAGGAUUGGCUUUCUAGUGCGUCGGUUUCUGCAUUGACGGAAAGGGCGCGAGAUGUGACACGGUAGAGGCGAGCGGGGUGCGCUGUAUGUGCGUGGUGACCUCUUCUUUCCCGAUCGGUGUUGACGGUGCCCGGGGUCCUUUAGAGUGUUUUGAUGUCUGAAGGAUGGACUUGUCAGUGAUUGCCAUUGGAGAUGUGCAAAAUGUGCUUUCAGCCAUGCAGAAGAACUUGGAGUGUCCAGUCUGUUUGGAUGUGAUAAAAGAGCCAGUUUCAACAAAAUGUGAUCACAUAUUCUGCAGGUUCUGCAUGUUUAAACUCCUCAGCAAAAAGAAAAAGGGUGUAAUACAGUGUCCUCUGUGUAAGACUGAAGUUACCAAGAGAAGUCUCAAAGAAAAUUCCAGAUUUAAGCAGCUAAUUGAAGGACUGUUGGAAGCUAUCAGCGCAUUUGAGCUUGAUACUGGAGUAAAAUUUUUAAGCAGUCACUUUCCUAAAACAUCCACAGAAGCUGCUACUGCUGAGCUCCUGGAUAAUAACAGUUCUGUCAUCCAGAGUAAGGGUUUCAGAAACAGGAAAAGAUCCGCUAAAGAAAAUGGACAAGACAGCUAUACCUUGGGGGAAGCUAAUGUGGAUCCAGAGCUUACAGGUAACAGGGUCGAAGGGUGUUACCUAAGAAACAAAAAACAGAAGCGUGGCAUUGAAAAAGGUGUACUUAUAGAGCUUGGCACUGAUUCAUCUGAAGAGCUUUUUAUACUGGCAAGUGAUACUGGCAGGUUAGAAGACAAAGAAGAACUAGAAGAACCUAAGAGUGCUGAGAAGUAUGGAAGUUCUUGCAAUACACAGUCACUCAAGCUGGGUGCUAAAGAAAUAAUUUUACCAGAUGUCAUAGGUGAAACUGAUUUCUUGAACGAAGCUUUGAGCAAGAAAAGCAUGCUGAACAUCACUGAACAUGUCAAAUCUAACCAAGUAAAUACUGUUGAGGGCCAGAGUUCUCCUUCAAAUGUUUUUGAUGCAGACCUACUCACAGAACAGUGUAAUGAAAUAAGUAAUGCCAGUCCGUUAAAGAAUAAUUACACAUCUUUCUCUAAUAAUGCAGAAGAAAUGGAUGCAGAGGAAUCUCUGUGCAGUACUAAAAACCAAGAGCUUGACUUUGAAGAUGGCUCAGAAAGUAGACUGAAUAAAAUAAAAGAAAAGGAUAUUUGUGUGCUAAGUGUGGAAGAUGUAGAAAUGUAUGAACCCGUGAAUGAUUCUUUACUUGAAAAAGAACCUCCUGUGGAGAAACCACAGCCAAAGAUACCUCACUGUCCAACUCUGCAUGAGGUCUCUAGGAAGAGACUGAAGCAAAGCAUUCAGAAAGUCAAUGAAUGGUUUUCAAAAAGCAAUGAGAUUCUAUCUUCCAGUUCAUUCCAGAAUGAUCCUUCUGAAGCAACUGAUGCUUCAGGUGAAGAAGAUGUUUCUCUAUCAGAUAAAGAUUCAUGUAUUUCAGAGAAGACCAACCCUAUAGUAGAUUCUGUGGAAUUUGCAGUGUUUGAAAGAAAUAAAAGAUGGCCAAAACAAACAACAUAUAGCAUCAAAGACAAAAUAUUUGGGAAAACAUACGAGAGAGGGAGGAAAUCAAAUCCCUCUACUAUCUUGAGAGACAUAUUGCCUGCUACAAAAAAGGAUGUGGCUGCUGAAGAGAAGUGCUUGAAUAAUUCCAGAGAAGACGGACUAAAACGAAAAAGGAAGCCUGCCCGUGUCCUUCAGCCUGAAGACUUCAUGGAGAAGAAAGAUCUAGAAGAGGCAGAUAGAUGCCCUCAGGGUAUCAACUCCAGCCUUGGAGAUGCUGAGAAGAGAAAAUGUGAUGAAAAUUCUGCUGUUAAAGAGAAUUCCCUCCUUGAAAAAAGAAAGGUUAGUACACUAACUGAAUUUGAGGAAGGAGAGUUACAGUGGAAAAAUGCCAUUGAAAAGGUGUCAGGCAAGCCCUUUGGACAGCUGGAACUGAGUAACUCUGAUCAGAAGAGCACUAAGAAUGCAUGUUCUGCAGCAAAAGGAUGCAGACGUUCAACUAGAACCAGGUGUGCUAUACACUUAGGAGAUAAUAGAAAUCCAGAUUCCUUUGAUCCAGCUGAGCCACUGAUUGAUAGCUAUCCAAGCAGUGAAGAACCAAACAAAGUUGAUUGUGAGCAAAGACAAGUCAGACGCAGCAGGAGACUUCAGCUACUUUCUAAAGAGAUUACAAAAGAAACAGGAGAAAUGAGAAUAACUAAGGAAGCAAGAAAUUCUGACAGUGGCCCAGAAGGGUCUGUCUUUGGAGUUGAAAGGAAUGUGUUAGUUCACGACUCCCAGUGCAAAGACUUGAAGCAGCAGGAUAUAUUGAGUUACACGUCACUCACUGAUCGGAAUGGUGCUGAUCUGGAAGCAAAUGGAAUGCAGAUUAGUUCAAAGAAUUCAGCUGACAUGGUGAAAAACACAAGUCUCUUCAAUCCCACAUUUUCUUGUGAGCAUUCAAAUUUUAAUUCCCCUUCACUCAAAGCAGGUUCUCAAGAAGGUGAAAUGCUAGGUAGACUUUUCCUCCUACAGUCUCCUUCAAAGACUGUUCUGGACACUGCUUCCAUCCUGACUGAAGAGAAAAGGUCUGGGUCAUGUACUGCUUUUCCCCAGGACAAAGGAUGCUGUUCACAGAAUGUUCCUGAGGACUUCAGAAUUGAAAAGUCACCAAUCACUAAAAAUGUUUCAGAAUUGACCGUGGAAGCUGAAGACAGUGAGUUAGACACGCAACAUCUGCGAAAUAUAUUUAGGAGUUCAAAACGGCAGUCUUUUAGUCUUUAUCCUGCUCCCAUGAAGACAUGUACCACAGAUGAUGUUGAAUCUGGAAAAUUGAAUACUUUGUGUCCUGAUCAGGUAGAAAAAAGAUGUAGUAAAUAUUUUAUGACAGAAAAUUUACAAGAAAAGAAAACAACUGCUGAAAAUUUGAGUAGUGUUUGUGAGAAGUUUAAGACAUGUGAAUCCGCUUGUGUUAGUCCUGUGUCGUGCUUUGUCAGCAGUGCUGAAUGUGUGCAUGCUGCAGAGCAUCAAGAAGAUAUUUUAAAAGUUGCAAAUCAUGGGAAUAUUGUUAGAAGCAAUAGAAAUCUCAGUGAUCAGAGUAAUACAGAAGAGCGUGCUUUCCAAAGAACAGACCUGAACACAGUCAGUGAAACAUACUUCAGUUCAGAGAGCAAUCAAGUGGAAAAUGCUGAAAUUGUUGAUGGCAAAGAACCAAUGCAACAUUUUCAGCCCAGUCCAAUGGUUUGCCCUACAGUUCACCAACAAAAUCCAGCUGAAUUCAACUGCGAAGUCACUGGAAAAAAAAGUAGCAAAAAAGAGAGAAGUCUGGUAAAGGGCAAUGAAGAGCGAGUAAUCCAAACUGUCAACACGGGGUUGUCAGAGUAUUUAGUUAGAGAGGUACUAGAAGAAUCUCUUAAAGGCCGCAGUGAUUUUACAGAUCUGUCUGAAACCCCUGAUGGCUUACUGUGCUCUGACAAUGAUACUGAAGAUAGUACCAGUUUUUAUGUAACUAAUAGGAAAGACACAUCUGCUGUGUUUGUAAAAAGAAGUGGUGCUGUCCUGAUGAAAGAAGUAAAUGAUUCAGUUGUUAGCUGUAAGCCAAGAUCUGAAGGUAUUCAGAGGUCUCGGAGAAGAGCCCAGAAACUGCAAUCUUCAGAUGAAGAAUCUAGUGAGGAUGAAGAUUUACCAUGUUUUCAGGAAUUAAUGUUUGGCAAAUCAGUAAGCACACCUUUGCAGAUCAAAAAACAGGUGACAUCUGUGGUACGGUCUUCAGCAAAUCCCAGCAUGUUGCCUUGUAGUGAAUGUCUUAAUGAAAAUAAUGAACAGAAAACACUUGAAGCUGCCCUAAGCAAUGAGUGUGUUUCACCAAGCCAGGAGUCAGAAUGCUCUGUGAACCUGUUUUCUUCCCAGUCCAACAUAUCUGAAGAAUCGGUUGAUGGAGCACAUGAGAUGAGGAAAACUUUAACACAAGUGAGCAACAUAAAUAAGAGUAAAGAAGCUCUUCAUAGUAGCAGUGGAGGGCUGAAGAGAAGAAAAAAUAACUCCUAUGAUGAAUACCAGGAAGAUCCAAAUAUGGGGGCAAACCUAGGUGAAGCAUCUGGAUAUGACAGUGAAACAAGUCGUGUAGAGGAUUCACAUGAACCAUUUUCUCAGGGUGAAAUUCUUUCUACACAGCAGAAGAAUGCUAUGCAGAAUAACCUAAAAAAGCUACAACAAGAAAUGGCUGUACUUGAAGCAGUGCUAAAGCAGCAUGGAAGUCAGGAUACUGAGGUAUUGCCCUUAUGCAGAGAACUGCCAUAUGCCAGUAGUGGAGGAACGCUUGGAAUGGAGCAGAUGAGACAAGAAAUGGAAAAUGUGUCUGAGCAUGAUUCUGAGACCAAGCUAAGUAAGGCAUCUGUUUUACCAGUUCUCUGCGGAAAUGUGACCAGGAAUCCAAAUAGCUCUUCCUCCUCUGUAAAACACCCUUGCCCUCAAACUGCAGAAGCAACAAAUAAUUCCGCUGUAGCUCAGAGUGAUAACAAAAGCAAUGUUCAAGUAUGUGAAUCAAAGAGAAAUGUAUGUUUUCCUACAUCUGUACUGCACAAUGCAGCUGGGAAAGAAAAUGUUGCAAGUUCAGGUACAACUUACAGGACAGAAAUGUCAAUUGUGGCAUCCGGUCUGAACCAAAGUGAACAUGUGAGUAUAUUUUGGAAUGUUUGGAGACUCGCUGUAGUCCUCAAUUUAGAGAUUAGAUCCUAUAGAGGAAACCAAUCUUACAGGACUUACUGUUUGUAACUAUGGUAACCAAUCAAACUUGGUUGGACACUCCUUUUUAA